AUGAAGUACUCAGCAGUUCUUUCGGUCGCCAUCGCGCCGCUGGCUAUCGCGAAAGCCGUUCACAAUGUCUACCCUCAGCACAAGAGAUCCAGCCACAAGGCGGAACUAGGAGCCGCCGCCGCCGGUUCCGCCGAGGCUAUCAACAUCCUGCAAGGUGUUCAGCUCGGGAGUGCGACACAGGUUAUCGUCAUCUGGGCUAACCCCGGAAACAAUGCCGCCACGACGACUCUGCACGACCAAGUCACGGUAACUCAGACGGUCACUGCCGCCGCCGCAACUUCGGCUGCCGUUGCUGCCGCUGCAACUCACACUGUCACUGUUGGUGGUGCCGCUGGUUUAGUCUACACUCCCGAUUCCAUAACAGCCAACGUAGGCGACAUGGUUAUCUUCGAGUUCAUGAGCGCAAACCACACGGCGACGCAGUCUACGUUUGCCACGCCCUGCAAGCUGAUGGAAGGUGGUAUGGACUCGGGCUUCCAGCCUAACGCCAACAACACCGUCAACCCUCCUCCCAAGGUUGCCAUGCAAGUCAUGACCACCGACCCUCUAUGGUUCUACUGCAAACAGACUGGUCACUGUGGUAAGGGUAUGACCUUCUCUAUCAACCCUACCGCCGCGAAGACCCAGGCCAUGUUCCAACAAAUGGCUAUCGCGCAAAAUGGUACUGGAGCUGGAAGUGCCAUUACUGGUAACUCGACUGCAUCAUCUGCAGCUGCUGCCGCCCCUGCUGCUGCUACUUCUGCCGCCGCCGCUUCUGGCAGCAUCAACCAAGGAACCGGCACGGUCGAAGGCGGCGCUUGCGUUUGUGCCGUCACUUGCAGUUCUGGCAGCUUCCCUGCCGUGGCAGCCCAGGGCAUUGGUGCUUUCGGUGGUAUCGCAGGAGCUUUACCUGCGAGCAUGAUGGAGACCGUCUAA